AUGCAAUAAAAUGAAAAUGAUGAUCCUAUAUAAAAUUAAAAUAAUCAAGAAACCGUUUUGCAAUAGGAACGAUAAGAAUAACAAGAUGAGGAUGACAAGAAAGCUCAAGCAACCUAAGAGUAAUAAAAUGGAAAUGAAAAUUAAAAUGAAUAAACUAAUAAUACCUCUGAAAAUACAAAUAACCAGUAGCAAGAGUUGAAUAAGGAGAAAACUACAUUAGACACUGAUUUACAAGGUGAAACAUUGGAUGCUCAAAAUGAAAAGGAAUAGUAGGGAAAAAAGGAGCAGACAGAAUAAUAAUAGGAAGACUAGGGAAAUAAGCAAAAUUCCAUUAAUGAUCAAACAAUUGAAAAUAGCUAGGAUGCUCAAUUAUCCAAUAAUAAGGAAGUUAAACAGGAAAAAGAAGGUAAUUAAUCAAAUAGGUCAAAUUAACAAGAGUAAGGAUAAAAUAAAGAGUAAAAACAAUAAAAGGAAGGUAAUCUUGAAAAUUAGGGUUAAAGAGGCAAUCAAAAAAAGAAAACUACGAAAAGAAGAACAACCAAAGUGGAAGUACAAGAAAAUUAAGAAUAAAACAAUCCAUCUUAAUCAAACAAUGAUAUCAGCUAAUAGAAGUAGGAGACUGAUCAAAAUAAUUAGGAGAAGGCAGAAUUAGAAGCAAAUUAGAAAUAAAUAGAGGAAUAAUAGCAAAAAGAAGAAUUAUAGAAAAAAGAAGAAUAAGAAUAAUAAGAAAAACUACACAAGUAAUAAUUAAGGGACAAAUUUUUUAAGAGUAUGAUUUUUCCUUUAAGAACCUAAAACAAAAAAGGUAAACAAUUUAAUUUAACCUUUGAAAUUGAAAGUGAGAAAUUGCAAGUAAAAAUGAGAGAGUGUAAGAGUGCACAUAGGUAUUAAAAAGAAAAGAAGCCUAGAACAAAAAGUGCUAUUAACAAGGAGUUAUUUGAUUUCUUCAAUACUAUGAAUCCUUAAAAACAUAUUGGCGCGAUGACUCCAAAUACACUGUAAAGGAGAAAGAAAUAAUAAGAGUUAGAUUAAAUGAGGAAGGAUUGUGAAAAACUUGAAGAAUAGCAAUAAAUAACAUAAUCAUUACCAUAGAAAGAAUAGAGAUCUUCAAUUCACAAUAAAUAAAGAACUUCCACUUAUCCAAAAAAGAAACUAGAAGUCUAUGUGAGAAAACGAAAAAAGGUUAAGGCACGAAACGGUCUGAGAGAGAGAAUGUUAAUAGAUAAAGACAAGGAUUCUUAAUUAAAAGCCUUAGAUUUCAUUAGAAAAAUGUAAUAGAAUAGAAUGGCAGCAGAAUAAAAAAGGUAAGAACAAUUGGAAAAAUUAAGUCUUAAAAUCUCAAGUAAAUUAGAACAUCUGAGGCUGGGUAAUCAAAGAUAUAAGGAAGAAUAAUAAAAAUAAAAAAGAAAACAAGCACUUGAAUAAAUUAAUAAGUAAGAAUAAAAAAGAUAUGAGAUGAUGUUAGAAUAAUAGAAAAAUGAAAGAUUCGUUAGAGAAUUGAAAGAAAAAGCUGGAGUGAGCAGUUAUUAUAGUGCUAAGAAAUUAGCAUUAGGUUCUCCAGCAUCUCUAGUAUAAGAAUUUGAAAAUGGAUAAAUUAAAAUUGAACAAAAUAUUGAUACAAAUAGAAAAAUGAAUGAAAAUCAAUUUAUACUUAAAGAUGAAUAGAAAAAAGGGAUAAAAGACAAUAAACCUAAACAAUAAGAUUAAAAUAAGUAAGUGAGUUUAUUACAAUUUCCUAAAGUUAAUGCCAAGAAAAACUUUGAAUUGGUUAAUCAAUAUCUUUCUGCUGAAAACAAAGAAGCCUUGCCUGAGAUCAAACCAAAACGAAAGAAAGCUUGGUAAAUAGAAUAAGAAUUGAAAUAAAAAAGAUUAAAAUAGUGA